UCAUUUACCUCUGGGGAUUAGGAAAUUUUGAGAAGCUGAGAGAAAUUUAUUUGAAUGGAAUGAGGAUCCUGCACUCCACCUCCCUCAGUAGGUAAACGCCAGUCCCUGAGAGAAGAGAACCAAAAUGUCCACUACAGUAGAAGCUGAGGUCACAGGGGAAGGUAUUGUCAAUGAUGGCAAUUUAAACACAGCUCAAGCGCGUACCUCCAGGAAAGGCUUUUGUUCAGUCCGUCAUGGGCUAGCCUUUAUCAUGCAUCUCUGUAAUUUUUCGAUUUUAACCCAACAAAUGAACAUGAGCAUUGCCAUCCCAGCUAUGGUGAACAACACAGCCCCGCCCAGCUUACCCAAUGCCUCCACAGAAAAGCCACCCACUGAAUCCCAGGAUAACUGGAAUGAAACUCUGGAGGAAUUCAAGGUUGUGGCUGCUAUGUAUGACUGGAGUCCUGAAAUCCAGGGAAUCAUCCUCAGCUCACUCAACUUUGGCUCAUUCUUGGCUCCAAUCCCUAGUGUCUUUCUGGUUGAACUAUUUGGAGCUAGGUACUUGACUGGUGCUGGCAUAUUUAUUUCCUCAGUCCUGAACCUCUUCAUUCCACUAGCAGCUGAUACUGGAGUGACUUUGCUUAUUGUCCUACGGGUCAUCCAAGGCCUAGUUCAGGUUUUGGCAUUAACAUGUCAGUAUUCAAUCUGGGCCAGAUGGGCUCCUCCAAUGGAAAGGAGUCAACUCACCACCAUUGCUCUAUCAGGGUCAGUGCUGGGCUGCUUCAUCAUCUUCCUUGCUGGUGGUCACAUCUGCCAGACCAUAGGAUGGCCUUAUGUCUUCUAUAUCUUCGGUGGAACUGGCUGUGCCUGUUCUUUUCUCUGGAUUCUUCUCAUUUAUGACGACCCUGUGAAUCAUCCAUUUAUCAGCACUAAUGAGAAGGAAUACAUCAUCUUUUCACUGGCUCAAGAGGAUUCUCCACCAGGCUGGUCUUUUCCUAUUAAGGAUAUGCUCAAAUCCCUACCACUUUGGAGCAUUCUCAUCUUUCAUUUCACUGAUUACUGGCAUUUUUUUCUCAUAACGAUGUACACACCAAUAUACAUCAACUCUGUACUUCAAGCUAACAUCAGAGAUAGUGGGAUCCUGUCAGCACUGCCCUUUGCUUCUGCCUCUAUCUUCAUUGUCCUUGAAGGUCUAUUGGCAGACUUUCUCCUCUCCAGAAAGAUCCUCAAACUCAUUACCAUCAGGAAACUCUUCACCACCAUAGGUAAGAACCAAGGUGGAUACAGGGGUGGAUAUGGGAUGCACAGGGCAGCUUCCUAUUCACUCUGUGUUUGUCCUCCUGCCCCAGGGGUUCUCUUUCCAGCUGCACUCUCUGUGUCCCUUUUUUGGGUCAGAUCCAGCUUCAGCACCACUAUGGUCUUCUUGAUGCUGUCUUCUGUCAUCAAAAGCCUCAUCCAAUCAGGAGCCUUUGUCAACUUCUUGGAUAUCGCUCCUCGGUACAGUGCUUUACUCAGGGGACUAACACAAAUAUUUUCGUACAUGGCAGGAGCCAUCUCUCCCACUGUUGCUGGAUUUCUCAUUGAGCAGGAUUCAGAGUUUGGCUGGAGAAAUGUCUUCUUGCUUGCAGCUGUUGUGGGCAUAUCAGGCCUGGUUUUCUACCUCAUCUUUGCCCAAGCAGAGGUGCAGGACUGGGCUAAAAGAAGGCAUUCACCCACUUGUGAGCAAAUCUAGUGAUGCCCCAGACACCAGUGCUUAGGUGUUCACUCUUUGCUCUUGUGGACAUUCCCCUUUCAUGCCUGCUUAAAUAAUGAGCCUUUCAACUUGAAUUGACUUUGUUUCCACUAUCUUCUCAGAGGCCUUGGCUAUGUCAUACUGAAUGUUCUGCCUGGAGCGUUUAUGGGGGAUGGGGAGAGGAAGGCUAAUUAUUUGACUGUGAGCUCCUGAAAGCAUAAGUGUGUCUGAAUUUCUGUGUGUUCUCUACUCUUUUCACUGUUAUUAUGACAUAAGAAGAAAUAUAUAUUUAGUCUAUAUCCCCAGUUUCUGGCACAGAGCUCCUAAAACCUUUGUAAUUUCCUGAGUGACAGGGAUGAUAGGAGCAUCUUUUGUUAAAAUAUUUGGUCUUAGUCCCUUGCUCCUGACAGAAGAACUUCUAAGAUCCUUGGAAUCUCUGAAGGAAUGAAAGUGUCUUUUUGGUAUACUAGGACAUGACUGGCGGCUGGGGGCUCUAGGUAGCUUCAGGAUGGGGGAUGGCUGCCAAAAAGACCAAGGUGUGAUUAGAAGGCUGGAACUUUCAGCUCCAUCAUCCCACGUCCAGGGAGCAGAAACAGGCUAGAGAUUUAGUUGUUCCUCAAUGGCCAAGACUUAAUCAAUUAUGCCUACACAAUAAAACCUCUGCCCUAAACAGUGAGGUUCUGAGAACUUCUGGGUUGAUGAGUGCAUGGAGGGGCUGGGAGAGUGGUGCCCCUAGAGAGGGCAUGGAAGCCCUGCCUCUCUUCCCACAUGGCUUGCCCUGUGCAUCUCUUCCAUUUGGCAGUUCCUGAGUUGCACUCUUUCCUAUGCAAACUGGUAAUAGUAGGGUAAGUUUUCUUGAGUUCUGAGUCAUUCUAGCAAAUUAUCAAACCUGAUGAGGGGGUUAUAGGAAACCCCAAUUCUGAGGCUAAAUCAAACAGAAGUAUGGGUACCUUGGGCACCCACUACUUUGAUUGGUGUCUGGGUAAUUACUGUCAGAAUUGAAUUAAACUGUAGGACAGCCAGUCGGGGUCCACAGAGAACUGGAGAACAGCUUGGUGUGGAGAACCCAUACAUCUGGUGUCAGAAGUAUUGUGAGCAGAGAGACAAUUUUCCUUCAAUUAUUCUGAUAAAAGCAUCAGAGGCUGGAGGGCAGUUUCUCACCAGAGAAAAAGAGGAAGCCAGAAUCAUGCAAGUAAAAACUUACAUCUUGGUAAACAGACAUUGUCCAGUUUCUCCGUCACCCCUCAAACAUUUGUUCAUGCUGCCACUCCCAUCUCAGAUGCCCUUCCUUUCUUCCUCUAUUAGAAUCUCACCUGCCUUCAGUGGCUCUCAUUCAGCAUUCAUUUUGUUAACCUAACAUGUCUUCCGAAAAUGCAUGUGAGACCUAUGCUGACUUGACCCCAUUUUCAAAUGUCUGGAGAGUGUAUGGUGUAUCUGCUUUCAUUAAGCUCCCAUGUGAGCAGCAUGAGGGCCAUGAAAAGGAGCAAAAACACUGAGCAGUAAAUAAACAUUAAUGAACAUAUAGCAUGGGGCAUGGCAGAGACUAAAGCCAGACAUAGCUUUAGGGAGCUCAACAUCUCAGGAGGGUGGAUGACUUUUAAUCAAAGUGCCACACAAGUGAACAUGCAGUGGCUAUGGAAUGAAAUAAUGAGGACACCAGGCUAUGAGUGUGAAUGAUAAGGGCAUAUGCACGAGUCUGAGGGUGAUGGAGGGCCCCGACUAUGAAGUUUCAAUAAGCUGAAAUCUGAAGGGUGAUAGUUAACUAAUGCAGGAAAUGGAUGAAAAGAACAUUCUAAGGAGAGGGCACAGAGUAAGCAAAGGUUUGGUGGCAAGAGGGAGCAAUCAAGUAUGACCAGAGUACGGAGAUUAAGGGAAGCCUGGUUUGUGAGGAGGCUGUGGAAGUAUGUAGAGUAGUGGCAUUCAGGACACGCCACCCCUAAAUAUGGCACUUUGGAAUAUUUAGAGAUCUUAAGCCAAAGGAGUUUUUUAAAAACAGCAGAAGCAGGAAGGCCCCACUGAUCUCUGUCCCUGGUCACAAAACUCCGAUGUGAAAGAUGCCCUCCUUUGUACCAGAAGGAAGGAAGACAGUCUUAUCACCAGAGUCACGGAACUGGGGGCCAAGAAAUCUGUACAAAGAAAACUUGUUAAACUAAACUUUUUCUUUUUAGUCAUUUCUUUACUACUUCCUACCCCUAGCCCAAACCCCUUUGUCUUAUCAAUUCUUCACAAAUUUAUUGUUUCUUUGUCUACAAGAUAUAAACGCUUCCUGCUCUGGUCAAUUCUUCAGGUCUUCAUUUUCUUGUGAAAACUCCCUUAUACAUGUAAAAAUUCAAUAAAAGUUAUAUGCUUUUCCUCCUGUUAAUCUGUCUUUUUUUUUUGUCAGUUUAAUUUUCAGAUCCAACCAGAGACCCUAAGAGGAACAGGCAAAACUUUUUCCUUCCCUAUAAGAGCACACAGAGCACUGUGGGACUGGAGAGGUGUAUUGAUCUUUAUCUGGAAAUCAGUAGAAGAUGUAAGGAAUUCACUAGAAGAACUAUUGGAACUAAUAAAUGAGCUUAGCAAGGUUUCAGGAUACAAGAUCAAUAUAAAUAAGUCAUAUUUCUAUAUAUUUGCAAUGAAUAACUCAAAAAUCAAACUAAUUUCAUUUAAAGUUGCAUUAAAAAUAUACCACAACUUCUUUAUCCAGUCAUCUAUCGAUGGACAUUAGGUUGCUUUCACAUUUUGGUUAUUGUAAAUAGUGCUGCUAUGAAUAUUAGGGUGCAUGUA